AUGAAAGAAAGUGUGAAAAGAUCAAUAAAGAAAAGAAUAACUGUAUCAGAACCAGUUCCAAAUACUACAGAGACUCGGAAGCAUACAAUACGUACGAGCAGACCAACUUUUUUAAACGAAAUUCAAAGGGCUUUAGAGAUACGAAAAGCAAAUAAAAUAUUGGAGCAUGAAAAUGAUUUAACUCCAAAGCUUUUAGUUAUUGAUGAAAAUCUGAAAUAUAAAUAUCGUACGGAACCAACACAAAACGAAGAAAAUCUUAACAUAACCAAAGUUCAUGAAUUAAGUACAAGCUCUAGUUUCGGGUCAACUAGUAGACAAACACUUAGUAUUACAAUGCAGAGCUCCUUGGAAGAUAUAAUGUCGAGGAUAUCCCUCAAUAUUAUGACAAUGUCUGACACGCCAUUUUGGAGAGCUAUUGAAGGUGAUGAAGAUGGAAAAAAGAGUAAACAUGAGCAACCGAAAUACAUUAAAAUCAAUUUACAAGAAACUGAUGAUAUUUUAAUAUUUUCAAAACCAAGUGUAACUGUUCCAAAAGAUUCAGAAGAAGCAGCUUUAGUCGAAGCUGAUAAUAAAAUAUAUGAAGAAUUAACUGUUGGUAAGAAGAGAAUCCGACGCCGUGUUGAUUCGGAAGCACAAACCGCUGAAGUAUUAUAUAAAACUCGUGAUACAAAUACGGAACAUACGAAAACAGCAUCAAGUUCUGCAUUCGUUUCAAAUUAUGAUAUGUACGAUACAUAUAAAGAUCUUGAAAAGGAAACAUCUAGCGUUGAAAUUGAUGAACAGAAAACUGUUCAAAUAACAACUUAUAAAGUUGGUGGAAUUGAUCAAUUUGCCGAAUUCGUAAAAACACCCAGUUUCCAAUUAGCAACAAUGUUAACACAACGUGUUCUUGCCGGUAAUGCUUUUCGUAAUAAACAAAAACGUUUUCGUAAUAUGGAAAUGCCAGAUCCCUUAUCAUUAGAUGUAAGAUAUAAAUAUAGAUUAGAAGAAUUGUGGGCAUUUCCUGCUCAAAAAGAUAAAGAAAGACGAGCGGUUGCUGCUAUUGAUUGGUGCCCUAAAAAUGGUGAUAUUGUAGCUGUUGCUUAUGGUAUUUAUACAUUUGUUCCAGUAAAAAAUCAAACUGUAGGCUACAUCUGUAUUUGGAGUAUAAAAAAUCCUGUUAAUCCAGAACAUCGUUUCGAAUUUAAUGUACCAGUUGUUUCAUUACAAUUUUCACCAUACAAUCCACAACUGUUAGCUGUAGGUUUUUAUGAUGGUUCUGUUGAAGUACAUGAUGUUACAACAUAUUCCUACUUACCGGUAGCUAUAUCACAACGUUCAACAUCACCUGGUUGUCAACCUGUCACAAAAAUAUGUUGGAUAUCAGUUGGAUCUGAUAAUGAUACUGAAUGUGAUCAAUUUUUAGCUACAUCACAGAAUGGUUCUGUAACAAAAUAUAAAGUAACACGUAGUCCCUAUUUAUUAGGUUUUCAACAAAUAUUAUUGGAUAAAGUUGAAGGAACACCUGAAGGUCUUUCUAUAAAUAUAAGUAAAAAAAAUUCAUUAGCGUUGGAAGCAAGUCGUCAUCCAACUGCUUUAACUAUGACAUUGCAUCCGACACGAAAUGACAUUUAUUACGUAGUAACUGAUGAGGGAUGUAUGCAUAAAUGUUCAAUAAAUCAUCCACAUCAACAUUUGGAACUAUUAAAAGUGCAUAAUGGUAGUGCUUUUUCAAUACAAUUUAAUCCAUGGAGUCCAAAAUUGUUUUUGACGUGUGGAAGUGAUUGGUGCAUAAGGAUAUGGAUGGAAGGUAUUUUUACACCAUUAAUAAAAUUAUCAAGUGGUAUCUAUCCAAUACAUUAUGCAGAAUGGUCUAAAACUCAUGCAACUGUUAUUAUUUGUGUUACAAGAAAGGCUAUAGAAAUUUGGGAUAUAAGACGUAAUAUUUUGCAACCAGUUUCAAUAACUACAACCAAAAAAUCUUAUUUUACAAUUGGAAAAUUUUCAAAUUGUGGACGUUCAUUUUUAGUUGGAAAUGAAGCAGGCCAAGCAUUAUUGUAUGCACUCGAAGAUAUGCCAUUUCCACCAUACUAUCAAUAUAAAGAAUUAGAAUCAGCGAUAUAUAAAUCUCUGGUGGCAUAUCCUGAAUUAGCAGAGAAAGUUAAAAGUAUAGGUAAUUUUGGUUACCCCGAGCCUCAGGAAUGGAAUUAUAAUUUCGAUUAA